GGAAAUAUCCUUUGACUGACUUACUUUGUGGAAUACACUCUUAAAACCGGGGACAUACCGUCUUAUUUUUCGUAUAUAAAGCACCAGAAAUCAUCCCUUUCGAUUCAUAAGCACACCUCCAAAAUACCCUUUUAGCAGAGGCCAAAGAUUCUCAAAAAAUGAUGGGAUUCGAAGCCAUGGUUACGUAUCCAGGUACCGGUUUUCUGCUAAACCCCGUCUUUUUACGUGCAUUUUCUGCCUCAUUGCAUCUAGUUUUGUUGCUUCUCCUAUUUGUAUCAUGGGUGUGGAAGAGAAUCAAGGGGGGUGCUCCUGAAAAUUGUAAGAGGACUAGGUUUUUGUACUAUAAGCAAACGUUUGCUUGCUGUCAGGGUCUGUCGCUGUUGAAUUUGUUGUUGUGUUUUUUGAACUACUUUUAUUGGUAUAGAAAUGGCUGGUCUGAUGAAAGGCUGGUGACCCUUUUGGAUUUAGUGCUCAGAACACUUGCCUGGGGAGCAGUUUGUGUAUAUUUGCACACUCAAUUCAUUGGUUCUGUUGAACCAAAGUUCCCAUUUUUGUUAAGAGUUUGGUGGGGAUUUUACUUCUCCAUCUCAUGUUAUUGCCUUGUUCUAGAUAUUGUCAAGAAACACCAGUCCCUACGAAUUCAAUAUUUGGUGCCCGAUAUUGUCUACGUCAUAACUGGUCUGUUCUUGUGCUAUUCGGGGUUUUUGGGAAAGAAUCAAGGCGAGGAAUCGAUUCUUAGGGAACCCCUUUUGAAUGGUAGUACCAGUAUAAGUAGAGUGGAGUCUAAUAAAUCCAAGGGGGAAGCAACUGUGACCCCCUUUUCAAAAGCUGGCUUUUUUAGCCUUCUUACUUUCUCUUGGAUCGGUCCCUUGAUUGCUGAGGGUAACAAGAAAACAUUAGACCUUGAGGAUGUUCCUCAACUUGAUACCAGCAACAGCGUUGUGGGGGUCUUUCCAGCAUUUAGUAAUAAGCUCCAGUGUGAUAGUGGUGGAAGUAGUGGAGUGACGACGCUUAAGCUGGUGAAAGCAUUGAUCUUUGCGUGCUGGGCAGAAAUCCUAUUGACGGCUUUCUUGGUACUUGUAAACACAUUAGCAUCUUAUGUUGGGCCCUAUCUUAUUGAUACCUUCGUUCAAUAUCUCAAUGGGCGGAGGGAAUUCAAAAAUGAAGGUUAUCUUUUGGCUAUGGCUUUUUUUGUUGCGAAGCUUGUUGAGUGCCUUACAGUGAGGCACUGGUUCUUUAGAUUGCAGCAGGUUGGAAUUAGGAUCAGAGCAGUACUGAUCACAAUGAUCUACAACAAGGGUUUGACUCUUUCCUGCCAGUCAAAGCAGGGUCAUUCUACUGGGGAGAUCAUUAAUUUUAUGUCUGUUGAUGCGGAGAGAAUUGGGGAUUUCAGUUGGUUUAUGCAUGAUCCAUGGAUGCUGAUUGUGCAAGUUACUUUAGCCUUGCUAAUCUUGUAUAAAAACCUGGGCCUUGCUUCAGUUGCAGCUUUCUUUGCAACUGUAAUUGUUAUGUUGACAAAUGUUCCACUGGGGAAAUGGCAAGAGAAGUUUCAGGACAAGUUGAUGGAAUCAAAAGAUAAAAGGAUGAAGGCAACAUCCGAAAUCUUAAGAAACAUGAGGAUUCUCAAGCUUCAGGGAUGGGAGAUGAAGUUUUUGUCUAAAAUUGUAGACCUUCGGAAGAAUGAGACAGGGUGGUUGAAAAAAUAUCUUUACACUUCAGCCGUGACCACUUUUGUUUUCUGGGGAGCCCCAACAUUUGUGUCUGUGGCCACCUUUGGAACUUGCAUGCUUCUAGGGAUCCCGCUUGAAUCAGGGAAGAUCUUAUCUUCACUUGCAACAUUCAGGAUACUUCAAGAACCCAUCUACGGUCUUCCUGACCUAAUCUCAAUGAUAGCUCAGACUAAAGUUUCCCUUGACAGAAUUGCAUCCUUUCUUCGUCUGGAUGACCUGCCGAGUGAUGUUAUCGAGAGGCUUCCAAAAGGUAGUUCUGAUACAGCAAUUGAGAUAGUGGAUGGGAAUUUCUCUUGGGAUUUAUCUUCCCCUAAUCCAACACUGAAGGAUAUUAAUUUGCGGGUGUACCGUGGCAUGAGGGUUGCUGUUUGUGGUACUGUAGGCUCAGGCAAGUCAAGCUUACUAUCUUGUAUGUUGGGAGAAGUGCCUAAGAUAUCUGGUAUCCUUCAGCUGUGUGGAACAAAGGCCUAUGUUGCUCAGUCUCCUUGGAUACAGAGUGGCAAGAUAGAAGAGAACAUCUUGUUUGGUAAGGAGAUGGACAGAGAAAGGUAUGAAAGGGUCCUUGAUGCAUGUUCCUUAAAGAAGGACCUGGAGGUUCUCUCAUUUGGUGAUCAGACAGUAAUAGGUGAGCGGGGAAUCAAUAUGAGUGGUGGCCAGAAGCAAAGAAUACAGAUUGCACGUGCGCUCUACCAAAAUGCUGAUAUUUAUCUGUUUGAUGAUCCCUUCAGUGCCGUGGAUGCUCAUACAGGAACCCAUCUCUUUAAGGAAUGUUUGCUGGGUCUCUUGGGUUCGAAAACAGUGAUUUAUGUUACACAUCAAGUAGAGUUCUUACCUGCAGCUGAUCUCAUACUGGUCAUGAAAGAUGGAAGGGUUACACAAGCAGGAAAGUACAAUGAAAUUCUCAACUCUGGAACUGAUUUUAUGGAACUUGUUGGUGCACAUAAGAAAGCUUUGUCAGCACUCAAUUCUGUAGAGGCAGGGUCACUUUCAGAAAAAUUAAGUAUCCAUGAGGAUAGUGAUAAUAUUGGUGGUACUUCUGAAGUAGUUGAAAAAGAAGAAAACAGAGGUGGCCAAAAUGGUAAAGCAGAGGAGAUAGAUGGGCCAAAAGGUCAGCUUGUUCAAGAAGAGGAGAGAGAGAAAGGUAAAGUUGGGCUAUGGGUUUAUUGGAAAUACAUCAGGACAGCAUAUGGAGGAGCUCUUGUGCCCUUUAUAUUGUUGUCACAGAUUCUCUUUCAGCUGCUUCAGAUUGGAAGCAAUUAUUGGAUGGCUUGGGCAAGUCCCGUGUCAGAUGAUGUGAAACCUGCAGUUAGAGGUUCUACUCUCAUAAUUGUUUAUGUAGCUUUGGCUGUUGGAAGUUCUUUUUGCGUCCUUUCCAGAGCCAUGCUUCUUGUAACAGCUGGUUACAAGACAGCUACAAUACUCUUCAAUAAAAUGCAUUUGUGCGUCUUCCGUGCCCCAAUGUCAUUCUUUGAUGCCACCCCAAGUGGGCGAAUUCUAAACAGAGCUUCUACAGACCAAAGUACGAUCGAUACAACCAUGCCAAUGCAAGUUGGGGCAUUUGCCUUCCAAUUGAUUCAGCUCCUGGGAAUUAUUGCAGUUAUGUCACAGGUUGCUUGGCAGGUUUUCAUUGUCUUUAUUCCUGUGAUUGCAACCUGCAUCUGGUAUCAGCAAUAUUACAUACCUUCAGCACGAGAACUGUCAAGAUUGGCCGGAGUAUGCAAAGCUCCAGUAAUUCAACAUUUUUCUGAAACUAUAGCAGGAUCUAUGACCAUCAGAAGCUUUGAUCAAGAAUCUAGAUUCAGGGAUACAAACAUGAAAUUGGUAGAUGGGUAUAUACGGCCCAAGUUCAACAUUGCCGGUGCAAUGGAAUGGCUGUGCUUCCGCUUGGAUAUGCUAUCUUCUGCUACAUUUGCCUUCUCUUUGGUUUUCUUAAUCUCUGUUCCAGAGGGAGUAAUUGAUCCUGGUAUUGCGGGCCUAGCAGUGACAUAUGGACUUAAUUUGAACAUGAUACAAGCUUGGGUAAUGUGGAAUCUUUGCAAUAUGGAGAAUAAAAUUAUAUCAGUUGAGAGAAUACUUCAAUACACUUCCAUUCCAAGCGAGCCUCCUCUUGUCAUAGAAGAAAACAGGCUAGCAUGUUCUUGGCCUUCACAUGGAGAAGUUGAUAUUCAGGAUUUGCAGGUCCGCUAUGCCCCACACAUGCCACUUGUAUUGAGAGGUCUCACAUGCACUUUCCUGGGAGGAAUGAAGACUGGCAUUGUAGGGCGAACUGGCAGUGGUAAAUCAACCCUCAUACAGACCCUCUUUCGAAUUGUUGAACCUGCCGCUGGUCAGAUUAUGAUAGAUGGUACCAACAUCUCUUCUAUUGGACUACAUGAUUUGCGGUCUAGACUAAGCAUUAUCCCUCAGGAUCCAACCAUGUUUGAAGGGACUGUACGGAGCAACCUUGACCCACUUGAAGAGUACUCAGAUGAACAGAUUUGGGAGGCUCUGGAUAAGUGCCAGCUUGGAGAUGAAGUCAGGAAGAAAGAAGGAAAGCUAGAUUCUGCAGUUAUUGAGAAUGGAGAGAAUUGGAGCAUGGGUCAGAGGCAACUGGUUUGUCUUGGCCGAGUUCUACUGAAGAAAAGCAAGGUCUUAGUGCUUGAUGAAGCUACUGCAUCAGUUGAUACAGCCACGGAUAAUCUGAUUCAGCAAACCCUUAGACAACACUUUGUCGAUUCCACAGUCAUAACCAUUGCACAUCGAAUUACUUCUGUUCUUGAUAGUGACAAGGUUCUACUUCUGGAUCAUGGGCUUAUUGAGGAAUACGAUACCCCCACCAGAUUGCUAGAGAACAAGUCGUCGUCUUUUGCAAAGCUUGUAGCAGAGUACACUGUGAGGUCAAAUUCUAAUCUUGAAAAUGCGGGUGAUAUCUGAACCAGCAAGCACGCCUGUUGCACCGGUCAAAAACUUCAACUUAAAAUCUUGCUUGACAAUGACGACAACUAAACUGCAGUUACAAUCCCAAAUGCAGUAGUUGAUAAGCACUCAAAACUGAUGUUUUUCCAUAUAUAAAAAUAGGCUUUUAAAUAACUUUUGAGUGCAAAUCAUUAUCUUGUAACUUAAAUAUUUGCAAAGCCUCAAAUUGAGGAUUAAUAUGUACAUCUAGUGAAGAAUGCAAGGAAAAAGAGGAAUUUUGAUGCA